AUGCAAUAUCCUAACGAACCGAACUUUGAUAGUUCUUUCACAAUUAUUUCACGUAAUUCUCAAGGCCAUAACGUUACAAGUGGCAAUGGCAUGCAAAAUCCUUCGACUUCUAAUGAUGAGUUCAUUUCUCACGUGGAAUUUAUACCGUUCAAUAGCGAGCAACAACAAAAUCGUAACGAUAAUACGCUUAUGCAAGUGAUGACCCCAAGUCAAGCUGUUCAGAUAAUUCAAAAUUUUCAAACACCACCUAUGGAAUAUCCUCAAGAGAGUGUUUGUAUGGCUAGACAUUCAUUCUAUUAUAGUCCUUGCAAUGAUGAUCAUAUUUAUCAUAUCAUCUGUGAAGAGACAGACUUUUAUGAAGUGAUUUCUCACUUGAUAAAUAAUUUCCUGUACUCUUCUCAUUCAACUCAUUCAUAUAUAUUUUACUUUCAACAACCUAAUGAUAAAAGAAUCUAUCAAGUAUCAUGUGAAAUGAUCAAUAUUUAUGUCGGUGAAAUCAAUCAAAAUGAACAGCAGCAACGUGUGGAAUUUUCUAAUGAACUUCGAGAAAAUCUCGAAUUUUAUUUGAAACAGAAUUUGAUUAAUUAUUUGGCACCAAAAGAUGGAUUAUUUAUGAACGAUGAAAUAUGA